GGCGCUGCAGGACACGAGAUGAAAGAAGACUGAGCACGAAAGUGAAACUAAACUCGGAGUGUGUGUGUGAGUGUGUGUACAGAGAAACAACGAGCUGCUGCUGUGGAGAAGUAACAACUGAAACAUGGAGUUCAUCACAGACGUCUGUGUCCUCAUCGAUGUGGCUGGUUUCCAAGAUCAGACCGGACUAAAGAAGGCCCUUCAGCCCUACAGACUAGAAAAGAAAGGCUCCUGCUACAAAGUGACAGGAACCUUUAGAGAGAUAGAGAAGCUCUCGGUCAGACUGUCAGCAGUGAGGGGUCAGUCAAGCCCUGAGACACGCAGAGCCACCAAUCAGCAGGAGAAACAGGAAACAGCUGACCUCCGAUCUGUGGAUGUGUCCCGCUCCGUCCUGGACUACAUGGAGCAGAGGUGUGCCCCGCAGCUGAGUAAAAUCAUCGGGACCAGAUUCAACAUGGAGACCCAGCCUGGAGGAUCCAGCAGCUCAGUGAAGGUCACCUUCAGACCCCGGCAUGUCUCCGACCCUUCUGUUCGCGCUGACUUCAUCAGGCAGAGAUUCAUCACUUUCUACCAGAGGACGGCCUCAGACCUGCAGACCACCUCAGUGAGUCGUCAACAUUACAAAGACCUGCAGACGAGGUUCCCACAGCUCCUGUUUCAACCGGGCCUCAGCAAACAUGAGGUGUCGGUGACCGGACACUUUGUGCACAUCGCUGAACUGAAAGAGUUCCUCUCACCGAACAGAGCCGGCUCCAGCAGGAGUCCAGAGAACAGACGUCCAGCAGAGAGCCGGAGCAGCAGAGCCUUGGGUCCUUCACCUGAAGUCAGCAGAGCACCUGAAGACGAAGAACCGUGUCCCAUCUGUAUGGAGCCGAUCAAAGCUUCACAAAGAGAGACUCUAAAGUGCAAACACUCGUUCUGCAAAGCCUGCCUGAAACAAGCUUUUAGCUAUAAACCUGUGUGUCCUACAUGUGGAGCUCUGUACGGAGUCCUGACAGGAACUCAACCUGAAGGAGGAACCAUGAAAUACACUAAAGACUCCUUAUCUCUGCCCGGGUACAAGAAAUAUGGAACAAUAACCAUCCAAUACUACAUCCCAAGUGGCAUCCAAAAGGAGGAGCAUCCGAGCCCCGGUCAGCGGUAUGAAGGUGCGUCCCGUACAGCGUACCUGCCAAGCAGCCCUGAGGGCGAACAGAUCUUGAAGCUCUUGAAGCGAGCCUUCGAUCAGAGACUCGUCUUCACCGUGGGUCGAUCCACCACCAACGGCAGGAACAACGUGGUCACAUGGAACGACAUCCACCACAAGACCUCCAGAGACGGAGGACCCACACAGUACGGAUAUCCAGAUCCAGAUUACCUGAGCCGAGUCCGGGAUGAACUGAAAGUCAAAGGGAUUGAAUGAGUGACUGUUGGAGGUUUAUGUUGUCUGUUUUAAAGUUGUUCUCAUGAUAAAGGUUGGAGUCAGCUGAGAGGUGAUGCUCUCAUCUGAUUGGUCUGAUGAAUGUUUGACGUCGGCUCUGGAUUGGGGUCUUUUUCACGGACAGCUGGAUCUCUCCAUCCUAACAUAUAUCAACACAUGUAUGAAUGUUUGUUAUUUGUAUUCACCUUCAUCAGGAUUCAUGUAUUCUCUUAAAUCCUUUAUAGUCGUUAAUCACAGUUUGUAAUGAUUAGUGUCUGAGUGUGAGCUGAACCUGUAAGAACACUGAACACACAUUAAAAUCACUGAUGAUGAUUAGGCACUUCCAA